GUGGUGCAAGUGGUCCUAUCCAUGACGGGGGGUGGUGGGAGCGCCGACGUUCGGAGGAGGAUCGUACCCUGUCGGUGGGUCGACGAAUGGGUGUCGUCCACCGGUCUCGAGUUCCAUGGGCGCCAGGCCACUUGGCGAGUCGUCAAGGGCAGUGACACCCACCCGCCCCUCGGUGUCUUCGCCUGCAAUGCGGCAGUGGGCGACCGCAAGUGCUGCAAUCAAUGAUGGGACUCCACCGGAAGACAUCGGGAGGCAGGCGUGGGAGAACUACCGCCUACAGAUGCGGCGUGCUGCCGCGGAGAACAUAAGCACCGGUGUGUCCAGGCUGCGUGUGGGGAGCGACGUGGUUGCGGACAACAGCCCUCGGGCGAGUGGGGACGAGUCUCCGGAUUCCCGUUACGAAGACGACGCGAAAGACGGUGAGGAGCUGGAGAUCCGACCCGUGGCUGCGUGUGGUGGGCGGAGGGGAGGACGCGGACGUAAGCAGAGGGGCGAGUCGCGUGGUGGUCGAGGAUCGAAGGCUCAUGUGGGCGACAAGAGUGGCAAGCACCCAGCUUGGAGUGUGGAGGAGAUGUUGAAGCUCGCUCGAGCGAAGCGGGAUCAGCAAGCUCAUUUCGAGGGAAUGCCGCACAACUACGGCCGCAUGCGCAACAGGGAGUGGAAGCUGCUGAACCUACAGAAGCGACUGGCGGAGGUCGGAGUGAACAGGGCAACAGACGACAUCGGGAAGAAGUGGGAUAACGUCUUCCAGCAGUACAAGAAGGUGCAGCGUUACCAGAACAUGUCCGGUGGGAAGAACUUCUUCACAUUAACUCCUGCAACGAGAGCGGACGAGGGCUUCAACUUCCGAAUGGAUGAGCGAGUCUUCAAUGAGAUCGACAACAUGUCGAAAAAUAACAAGACCAUCUACCCGGACAACGUGGCAAAUACGAGCGCCCGCGGAGGAGUGCCGCCAGCAAUGGAUGGUCACCGCCAGGCGGCCGUUGGUGGAGAGUCCUCUGCUGGUGGAGAGGGGGGUGAUGGCAUCGACGAAGAUGUGGGUUCAGCGUGGGAGUCGGGUUUAGUGCAGGGAGCACGGGCACUCCAGCGAAGAGGAAGAACAUGCGGCAGCAGACCUUCGACGCCAUCGCCGAAGUCAUGGACAAACACGGUGCAUUGAUGGCGGACACGGUAGAGGGUGCGAGCAAACGGCGGUGUAGCAUCCUGGAG